UCCGCAAAUAAACUCACUAAAGAAAGAAAGAGCGCGCGUGUGAUGUGUUUGUGUAUCCUCAGUGUUUUUCUUUCUUGCGUGUUUCAUUGAGUGUAAACAGAGUCUUGUCUCUGUGUAUUUAAGUGUUGAGACGUUGAUGAUGAGAUGUGCUGUGCUGUAAAUCAGUAUGAACUGAUCUGUUCAUGCUGGAUAUAUUGAUGAUUUCAUCGCAGAAAUCUCUCAGCUGAAGAAAAAGGUGGCGUUACUGGAGACAAAGCUGAGGUCAAGAGGAGAUUUAGCAAUGAAUCUAGAGAAUGUGGAUUGUUGUGAAUCUUCAGUGUAUGUGUCUGAUGAUGGGAGUCUGGAUUCAGUGUGGAUGAGCAGAGAUCAGAGCCGCACACCACAGACACUGCUGGACUCUAAACUCUCUGAAGAGAAAUCCAGACACACACAGAACUCCGAUCUCAGUCUGACUUUACUCUGUUAUACUGAGUCAAAGCCCACAGACACUCAGGACACUACAGUGUGUGACAGUAAACAGAGCUUACAGGAGGAUCAAACCUUCACAGAGUCUCUGGAUUCUGUCUGUAACGCUGGAGAACAGCAGCAGAUCCUGCAGACCAAACUGAAGAUGUAUUCAGUUAAACUCAUCGACUGCACAAACCUCAUGAUGAAGAUUAAAACUGAACCAACAGAAAUCAAAACUGAACCAACAGAAAUCAAAACUGAACCCACAGAAAUCAAAACUGAACCCACAGAAAUCAAAACUGAACCCACAGAAAUCAAAACUGAACCAACAGAAGAGGAAGAUCGCCCUGAUGAAGAUGAUGACUUUAUUACAUCAGAUGUGAAGAGUGAUUCAUGUUUGGAUAUAGAAAUAACGUCCUCAACAUCAAAAGAGCGACUGACAGCACAAACUCUUUCCUGCAUCACCUGUGGAAAGACAUUCAGCUCACAGAGACAUUUAGAGAGACAUGAGAGAAAACACACAGAACAGAAACUCUUCACCAGAUCUGAGAUCAGCUUUACUACCUUACAAGAGAAGAAACUUCAUUCAGAAGACCACAGAGAGAAGAAGAAGAAGAAGAAGCAGCAGUUUCACUGUGAGCAGUGUGGGAGGAUUUGUGUCUCUUUCUCUAAACUAAAUAUUCACAUGAGGACACACAGUGAUGAAAAGCCUUUCAACUGCACUGAAUGUGGAAAUUACUUUAAUACUAAACACAAUCUUAAAGUUCAUCAGAGAAUUCACACAGGAGAAAAACCUUACGAGUGUCCUCACUGUGAGAAGAGAUUUAGUUGUAAAAAUAAUCUGAAGAGACAUGUGCGUUCACACACCAAUGAGAGACCGUAUCAGUGCAGUGAAUGUGACAAAACCUUUAGUGAUUCAAGUUCAUUAAAAAAACACGAGUAUACUCACAUUAAAGAGAAACUCUAUCAGUGUUCACACUGUGAAAAAUGUUACGGUUAUAAAUAUCAGCUGAUUACCCAUCAGAUAGUUCACACUGGAGAGAAACCUUACGUCUGCGCUCAUUGUGGAAAGAGCUUCACUAAUUCAACUAAUUUAAGAGUUCAUCAAAGAGUUCAUACUGGAGAGAAACCUUAUCACUGUAGUGUCUGUGGGAAGAGUUUUAGUCUAAAGUCUACAUUACUAAAGCACAAGAUAAUUCAUACAGGUGAAAAACCUUUCAAAUGCUCUCAGUGUGACAAGACUUUUGGUUAUUCAAGUAAUUUAAAAUACCAUCAGAGAGUUCAUACUGGAGAGAAACCUUAAAGGAACAGUAUGUAAGAAAUUUAUAUCAAUUAAUCAUAAAACAGCCCUGAUAUGUCACUAGACAUUAAUAAUUAAUUUUCAUUUCAAAUAUUUAUAUCAGUGACAUCAGUGGCUUGGCAAGGAUAUUGUCAUUUAAAAAGUGGAGUUGCAGUCCUUAACUGAUGUUUAUGUUGUCAUUUUGCGUAUUGGCCACUAGUUGUGUGAUUGCAGUACCAGUUUUAGCCACAAUCCUACAUACUGUUCCUUUAACACUGUAAUGUUUGUGGGAAGAUUUUUAGUCAACAGUGAAACUAACUUAAAGGUCACGUUUUCCUAAUCCUAUUUUUUAAACCCUAGUUAGUUUGUAAUGUUGCUAUAAUAGCAUAAAUAAUACUUGUAAAAUGAUAAAGCUCACUGCCAGGCGAUAUAUUUUCUUCAACAGAAUUCGCCUUUCAAAGCUACCAGCGAACGGGACUACAGACCUCUACUUCCUGUUUUAAUGACUACAAUAGAACAGUUUUUGACUAAACCCCGCCCACAGGAAUAUGUCAGUCGCCAGCUAAGCUAACGGCAAGCUAGUCAGCCUUUUUUGAGGACAGUGAAAACAGCACUAUACAGAUAAGUAAAUUAUGUGACCUCUAAGCACAAGAGAUUCCAUACAGGUGAAAAACCCUUAAGUGUGACAAGACGUUUGCUCUGUCAAGUCAUUAGCUUUUACCAUUAAAAUCACUACAAAAUAUCUUCCUUUGAACUAAUUAAACGUCUGACCGAACAUCUUAAACUGUCAGUGCCUUAAAAUUAGCAGUUUUAGGUGCCAAGCUGUUAAAAAGUGUAUGUGUGUAUGUGUUUGGUAGCAAACAAACUGUUCAUAAUAGUGUUAAUAAAAAAUGAAAAACAACAUGAAAUAACACAUUUAUCAUUUUUAUGUCACAUUUAUCUCUUUUAAGAACUCAUUAAUUUUAUAUUGUGUGCUAUGUGAUUUUUCUAAUUGGUUUUAAAGUAUUUAUGUCAAGGGACCACAAUGUCAUUAAUUGUUCAUUUAAGAAAGGAACUGUUCAGAUUAUUCAGUAAAUUCUUUGUUCAUUUUUACAAUGAUUACGUCUCCUGACUUCUGCUAUAGGCCUAUUCUCUCGGCUGGUAAAUGAAAAUUUACAUAAUUA